GGAAGGUGGAGCACAUCACGUGGCUGUACAGUUAGGAGGGGGCAGGCGGGGGGAGACUCCUCAGGCACUCUAAGCCGUCGCCGGGUUUCCUUGCGGGAUCAUUUCGCUGCCCCUCCGUCCGUCGGCACAACAGCUACGCCAUGGGGAAAGUGCUGGGGCUCUGCGCGGUCGUGCUGGCGUGCAUCACCAUCGGAUCUGCUCUGCAGUGCUUCCAAUGUAAAUUCACCAUUUUCAAUAUACCAUGCCACACUUCAGUGGUCCCCUGUGAAGGCGGGCAAGUUUGUGCUACCAUCCACGGAAGAGCUGCUGGCCAAAAGCUCAUCAAGAGGAAGAACUGUGUCCCACAGGAUAAAUGCAACAAGAACGAUACUGAGAGCUUUCUGAGCAUCAAAUAUGUCACCAGCUACGAGUGCUGCGAAGGUGAUUUGUGCAACUCGGCCAUCCUGCCCUCCGCUCACAUCUCCCUGCCUGUGCUUCUGGCCAUUGGAAGCACCUGGUUCCUUGGUCUCCUCUAAUCCUCUGCCCAGGUGAGAGGAAACCAUCUCUAGAAGAUGCCAAACAUUAAGUCUGCAGUCCUGCUACCCUUCUGCCUUGGAGUAAGAUCCACCGAGCUCUUGCCCCGUAGAGGAUCGUACUAUAACCCUAUCAAACACUGCAUUAAAUAGACACUUUUGCCUUUUCUUGUUAUUCAAAAAUGCACCUGUUCGUUAAUCAAGGCGUAUCCUCUAUCUUGGAGCAUAUGAAUGAAGCUUUAGGAGUUGAACUUGGCUAAAUCCUCCUCCUUUGUCAUCUUCUUUGCCUUCUACGUUUUCCAUUUCUGUUCCACUUAUUUUCAUUCUCUGCAAGCUUUUCCUUAAAACAGGGUUGGGAAACAAGUGUCAGACCCACUACAAUUCCAGCAGUCCCAUCCAGGAAGAUCAUGGUCCACAAAAGCUGGUAGUUAGGUGCCAGGAAAUACCCCAUACCCACUUGCCUUAGACCCCUUCUAAGCCUUUUCACCCCUUGGCAUUUCACUCAGUUGUCUUCCUCCCCUACUAAAAGCCCCUGCCUCAGCCACUUAGUAUUUUUUUUUCCUUUUUCAGCACACAGGCGUUGUGUUGUGUUCUCUCUCCCAGCUGUCCAGAGCCCCUCAUUCCACAGGAUUGUCCCCAACUAUGAUAACAAGUUAUGACUUUUCCUCGGCAUGGUUGGGACUUGCCACCUUCCCGCUCUCCCAGCCUUCUCCUGAUGACAGUGCCGUGUCAAUGAGGGAGACAGGACAAUGCAGGGCAAUUCCCCCAGGGCACUUCUCCCUUUCAUACCACCCCCAUUCCACUAAGGAAAUAUGAUCUGCGGCAUGCCUGUGUCCAUACGCAGACAUUCGGCCUAUCAGCUGAACAGCGCUGGAAGAGGUCUUCUGAGGCAAGAGAUCCACUGGGCGGCGAUGAAAAUACUCCUGCCAAGCGCUGCUAUUUUGGUUGCCCGUGAGCCAGCUGUUUUAAAGGCUACAUACAUGACAUUCAGCAGAGGAGGAGCUGUGUUCCCAGUUCCUGCACACCAUGUCAGGAAGGAAAGCUGGGUUUAACCCUACAUAUGCCUACAUUUCUGCCUUUAUCCCAAAUACCUGCAGGCAGUUUUCUUGCAUCCGUACUCUUGACACGUCAGCCGCAUUCAGUUGCCAUCUCCUGAAUUCAGCAGGCCCAAUUCAAGCACUUUCGUCUUCUUGCAGACCCCACAUCCCUAACACCUGCUUCCUGGAGUUACCUGGAACACAGGUAGAUCUGGCCCAUUUGCCUUCCCCCAGUUCUUCAUUUUUCCAAUGUUGAAUUAUUCCUAUUUCCACAUCAGUUUGCCAGUUUGUUCUAAAGUCAAGAUGUGUACAUCUUUUCUCUGAAUAGAUACAUUUGCAUUACACGGUCUCCAGUACAGUAUACGUUUUUUCUAAGAUACACAUUAAUAGCAGUGGAUUUUUUUCUAAUGUAAUACAUUUUUACACAUACAUUCCCCACAUGUAUACAUCCUUGUGCUUUUUUUUUUUUUUAAAGCUGUGAAUAUAACAAUUGAAUUGUAGAGACUAGCAUAUAUGGUAGCUCCAUUCUCCAUUCUAGGUUCUGAAAGGGCAGAUUAAUCAAGUUUGCUGAAUAGACUUCUCCUCAGUCUAGUUUGGACAAGCAAGAUGAAUUAGAUAAAUCUCUGAUCUGGUGCAGUAGUUCCCUGUUGUCGUCCUGCUUUUAGUUUCUCAAAAAGGCAACGUUGUCAAGAAGACCUAUCUUUCAAAUUAAGCAUUCAACCACCCACUUGAGAUCGUAACCAAGUUAUGACCGAGUGCUCAGAGAUGGAGCUGCAAAAAUACUUUCUGAUCUUUUAGAUUUGCUACAGGACAAGUUUUUUCAGGAAACUGUAGGCAGUACUUGUAUCCAAGAAUGCUAAUUGUUUUAGACAGUUUUCCUUUGUUUUCCAAAUAAUUGUUCAGCUGUCAUUAAAGCCUCUUUAAGCCACAUCUUUCAUUUUCCUCAUUAGCAAGAAUAGCUCAAAUUAUGAAGUAAAGUAUAUGCUGGUCCAUAACUGUAAUAAAGAUUUGCUUUGAUGAAGUAAAGUAGUCAGAUGGGAUCCUCCCAAAAAACAGGGCUUGGAAAACAGAAGGCCAUAUAGGAUAAAUUGUAUAGAUGGAGUAGAAGCAAGGUUAGUUGGGAGAAUGGAAAGAUAGAAUGAAUGGUGUUUGUGUAAACUAAAUUUAAUUCAUUUCAUUUCAUUUUCUCUUUGUCCUUUAAUUUCUCUUGCUUACUACUUUUAAGUUUUCUGCACUUUAUGUAACAUUGCUUACCCUGAAAGGGAAUAGAGAGAUUGGUGUGCGUAUAUUCACUUUUUAAAAUUGCUUUAAGUUUGUUUGAUAUUCGAAUUCCAGAAUGUGCUUUCGAACAAUGAAAAAAGCAACUGAAACUAAAUUAUACAACUUCCGUAACAAAAAACUGAACAUUCAUUCUGGCUAAUAUAUAUUAUAUAUUGUUGAAUAUAUAAUUCAAUAGGAAGUUGAAAGGGAAGAAUUUACACAGAAAACCUAAAUGCACUGUAGUUUUAAAUAAGACCUUUUGGCUGUAUUUUUAAUCCCCUCUUAUCUGGAAGCAAGUCCCAUUGAACUUAAUGGAUCUGACUUCUGACUUGAUAUGUAUACAUGUAUUCUGUAAAAAUAAACACGAUUCCUCCACA